GAAACAUGAUGCCCUCAGAGUCAAAGCUGCCACUGCAGCCUGCAGGUCGGUGAAAACAGGACGUGAGAGACGAUAGAUAUCGUGCGAAGUUCAUGAGCAGAAGAAAGUGGUGGAGCGUGUUGUGUGCAGGACCGUUUUGCGGUAGUCUCAGGGGCACUUCGAAGUUGAAAGCCUACUCCUGACGAAAAGUAUCUGAUUGUCAAGGUAGAUUGAGGGUCGAAGACAAGCUCUUGCCUGAUCCGGCUGGACGAACUGUCUUCUUCCUGACGGCGGCGCGCAUGAUUGUUGUGGUCAUGUUGGGGUGAAAAGAGUACUUAUACCUAUUUAUCACCAAGCAAGUGCGAUCGAUUGGACGGAUCUCAGGCUGCCAAAACAAGCAUUAGGGUUCAGGCAAUUAAAGCAUCAAUGGUCGCAGAUCCGGUCAACUCUGUGGGUCUACAGUCCAUAGGCUGCUGACCUAACGCAGGGGCCAGGAAAGCUGUGUUUCAGUGAAGGUGAUUGGGUUGUUGCAGCCAUCCAUUUUAGCUUUCGCAUUUGACAAAGAAAAACAGCGGAGCGAAUCAUGGCUUUGGUGCAGCUGCCGGCAUUGAAACUUGGCCAAGCGUGCCUUCUCGCAGACAGCGGGGCAAGAAACUGCGCCCAAAAUGUCUCCUCCUGGGGCUUCUUGGGUCCUCGAUGCACGGUGGAGAGAGCGACUACAUGUCAGCAGCAAGCUUGCGUUGCAGAGUUGGACUGUCUUCCCACAUUCAGUGGCAGGGUUCGCUCUACUGUGGCCUCCAGUCUAGAAAGAUCUAGACGUUGGGUCAAGUCGGGAGUGUAUGGAAGGGGCAGCAAAGCCAGCGUUGCGGGCCGGGGCAGCACUUUGGAUUUCAGGAUACGCGCCGAAGAAAGCACGUUUGAGGCGGUGACGGACUGGGAGCCAAUCGCUACGGCGGCAGCAGCAAGCAUGGCCGCCCAGCUGCUCACUUCAGAGGACGAGCACGCGACGACUCCCGAAAGCUCCCAUGCAGACCAAGAGAAGACUGAUGAAGCUUUGGGGCACCGGACGUCUGGGGCUGUGAAAGCGCAGGUCCGGGCAACUAAUCGAGCAGGCAACCGGGCGCAGACGAACGGGGCGGCAGCUAGGGAGCAUCUGGUUCAGGACCUGAUCAACGGCCAUGAUCAUGCAAUCCCGCUGGGGCGGAGUGCAAGCAGAGGCGGCCCGCUGAAAGUUGCUGUUGACGUGGAUGAAGUCUUGUGCAGUUUCCUGGCCACUCUGAACAUCUACUGCGCAGAGGCAUACGCGAUGCACUACGAUGUAUCUCAGUACCACGUGUAUGAUUUUAGAAAGAUAUGGAACUGCUCCCAGGAAGAAGCGAAUCAAAAGGUGCACGACUUCUUCCAGUCGCGCCACUUCACCAGCGGCAUCCCCCCCAUUCCGGGCGCAUAUGAAGCGCUCCAACGACUGUCCAUAUUCUGCUCCCUUGUAGUUGUUACGUCGAGACAGCACUGCAUACAGGAGCCCUCUAGAAGGUGGAUAGAUGCCCACUACCCAGAGUUGUUUGAGGAGAUUCAUUUCGGGAACCACUUCGCGCUUGAGGGGGUCGCUCGGGCCAAGUCCGAAAUCUGCAAAUCGAUUGGAGCGAGGGUGCUCAUCGACGACAACCCGCGGUAUGCGGUCGAGUGCGCCGAGGCCGGCAUCCACGUGCUGCUCUUUGAUUGGAAUUACGCGUACCCCUGGAGCAAGACCAGCGACGGACCGGUACACCCUCUCAUUCAAAGGGUGAGAGACUGGACGGAGGUAGAGGCUGCCCUGCAGAAGCUAGCGUUGCAUGCCGUAGAAAGUGAUGAGGGCAGGGAAUUCAAUGCUCAGCCAUCCUGAAAACGAUUCUUUGGGGGCCUGCGAGGAGGCUUCCCAAUUGUUAACAUAACCAUUUUGGAUGCUCAGAAAGGAAGGCUGGAAGAAACUGCAAGUAAGGUCACUACAGUGAAGUCACCUAGCUAUCCUGCAACCAUGCGGUCAUCUGUAUCUUUAUCAUCAGUAACAACGUCCUGAACUGAAUGUGACGCGCCUGUAUGUUGGUUGCAACCUGACCAAGCCAUGUGCAACACGGAUACGAAUGGUCACUUGCACGGCCCAAUAAAUUCAUAGCAAGAAUCAGGGAGGAUGUGUUGACAUAG